UUUGAGAAAACAUCUCCAAUUAAGAUCUGAGAUUUAAGACUAUUCUCAUAGCACCAAUAGUUACUCAUCAAAUAGAAAUCAAAAAAUGUUGGUGUUUUUGUUGAAGUUCAUUUGAUAAGUCGUGUUUGACUCUGCGACCCCAUGCCAGUGCUAACUGUGGCUUUCUUAAAAAAAUUCUCUUUGUAUAUAAAGAACAUCUAGAAUCUUCCUGAGUUGAGUAAAUGGAUCUGAAAAAUGGAUCUGUAGUGACUGAGUUUAUUUUACAAGGAUUUUCUGCAGGAUGGGGACUUCAGAUUGUCUUCUUCGUGACAUUCUUCUUGAUCUAUGGGGCUACUGUGCUGGGAAAUGCUCUCAUUAUGGUCACAGUGACAUGCAGUCCCACCCUUCAUUCUCCCAUGUACUUCCUCCUUGGAAACCUCUCCUUUUUGGACAUGUGUCUCUCCACAGUCACCACACCCAAGAUGAUCAGAGACUUGCUCACUGAACACAAGACCAUCUCUGUAUGGGGAUGCAUGGCCCAGAUGUUCUUUAUGCACUUGUUUGGAGGUGCUGAGAUGACUCUGCUGGUAGCCAUGGCUUUUGACAGAUAUGUGGCCGUAUGUAAACCCCUGCACUACAGGAAAAUCAUGAACCACAGGUUGCUGAACGGGUUUGUUGUACUCUCAUGGACAAUUGGUUUUACACACACCAUGAGUCAGAUGGUAUUAACUGUAAACCUGCCUUUCUGUGGCCCCCGCGUCAUAGACAGUAUAUUCUGUGACCUUCCCCUUGUGAUUAAGCUUGCGUGUGUAGAGACGUACACCCUGGAACUAUUUGUCAUUGCUGACAGCGGGCUGUUGUCCCUCAUGUGUUUCCUCCUCCUGCUUGUCUCCUACACGGUCAUCCUGGCCACUGUGCAACGAAGAUCAUCUGGAGGCCUCUCCAAAGCUCUGUCCACACUGUCUGCCCACAUCACUGUGGUCAGUCUGUUCUUUGGGCCGUGUAUCUUCAUCUAUGCCUGGCCUUUCAAGAGUUUUGCCAGAAAUAAAGUGCUUGCUGUAUUUUACACUGUUAUCACACCCUUAUUGAAUCCUAUUAUUUACACCUUGAGAAAUCAGAAAAUGCAAGAGGCCAUGAAAAAAUUAAGGUUCCAAAAUGUUAGCUCCACAUAGAACUUUUAGAUUUUAGACUGUGUAAGUAAUCCAGCUUUCAAAUAUAAUGCAAAUAUAAUGCAAAUAUAAUUUGAAUAUAUAUGCACUACAUGGUUUUACUCUUUUAUUUUAGAAUCAUAACUGAUGCAUAAAAAUUAAUGAUAAUAUAUUUUAAAUUUAUACAGUGCUGUUAUAACAUAUGAUAAUUAGUGAUCUCAGCAAAACAGACAUAUAAAAAUCAUUAAAUACUUUAUGAUACAGGAAAUAUAUUUGUUAGUGAAGAAAUAAAUAUAAAUACACAGUGAUUACUGUUAAGAGAUUACUUCAAUUGAAAUGGGUUGUUAAUGACAGUCAUAAUACUAUCAUUUAUUCUCAGUCAUUUAUACAAAUGACAGUCAUUUAUAUUACCAUUAAAUGAGACACCCUGAACAAAUAAUGAUUGAAAGAAUUUGAACUAAUGAGAGAAAAUGUAAGAUUAAAAACUUAUAUUUGACAGCAUCAUAAAUAUAAAAUUCUAGAUUGAACAUAAUAUGCCAAAGGGAAAAACAAAUAGAAGGGCAAUUUCAGUAGAACUGCACAGAGCAGCCUUGAAAUCAAAUGCUCUAAGAAAUUCCAUCUGUAUACACAGUUGACUUUCAAACCUAAGGAAAUAAAAGUAGUAGCACACUUUUUAAAUUUUAUGUAAUAUACCACGUAACUUGUUUUUUCCAAGUGCUUAAACUAUGGUUCAAUUGUCUUUGUUAAGCUUGCAAUUUUUAUUGCAAUUAUAAGCAAAUUAACAUUUGCUUGUUAGUGUUAAGGGGUAGGGGGCAUUUCUUGCUGAAUUCAGAAUCCUAAACUUAUUGAUGGCUAGUCUUAAGUAUUCUUCCCCAAUUCAAGAGACUAAAUAUUUCUUCUUGUUCUAGGCAAUAGUUUUGAAGUUAAUCCUAAAGAAGCAUAUAGACUUUUUUCUCCAUUCAGUGUAUCCUCAAGUUCAUCCAGAGUGAUGCUGUUAAAACACAUCGCUUGGAUUCUUUACAGCAUGUUGGUAGCCUGUUUCUUUAAACUGUAUGACAUGCUAAAUUCAUGCUUAGUAGUUCACAAAUGUCAAAAUAACCUAAACAUAUUAUUGACCAGAAUGCUCAUAAAAAAUUACCAGUGAAACAGCUUUAUACUAUACCUAAAAUUGUCCCAUAAAAAUUAUGAUUAUUUCUCAAAGAUGGCUAUAAUCAAAAAGGUGACAAAUAACAAGGGUUGACAAGGAUGUAGAAUAAUUGGAACCCUCAUAUACUGCUGACGGAAUACAAAAUGGUGUAACCGUUUUGGAGAGAAUUUUGGCAGUUCCUCAAAAAUUUUAAAUAUAGAAUUACCAUGUGCCCUAGUUCAGUUCAGUGCAGUUCAGUUCAGUCGCUCAGUCGUGUCAGACUCUUUGCAAC